GACUUUGGAGGCGCAGCUACACGUAGAUGCUCUCAGGACUGUGGCGGAUGAUCAUUUCUUUCACCGGUUUGACAACUUCAACGAUGCCUACAGUCCACUGGGCUGUGGCGACCUGCGGACGGUCUUCCUGAAGAGUUCGAACUUCAUCCAGGGAAGCUACUUUGGAGAGCUCGCCCAGGCCGUGAUUGGCAGCUUCCACAAGAACGACACCUUUGCGGAGAUGCGCAUGUCCAUCUACGGCAAGAACCUCAACGAGUGGGACGACUUGGCGCGCUGGCUGAAGAGCAGCGACCUCCAUGGGC